UCUCCAUUCAGCCACAAGGGGCUCAAGGAGUCACAACUCUGGCAAACACCUGGUCUCCAUGCGGAUCUAUGAUGACAUGUUUCCUGAUGGUUUAAAUCAUCCCGGCGCAUCUCUCUACAUUUUCUUUUUGUUUUUGAAUGGGAACAUAGAUACAGAAUUUUUUUAUGGAUAAAAAAUGGAAAAGAUUUAUGGACAUCUGGCUUUAUAUUUUUCGAGCCGAAAACGAAUAAAAAAAAAGUAUGAAGUGGAGUUUUUGUUUCCAUCCAGCUGUGCCAUUUCUCUGACUGGAUGGCGCGCAGCGGGCACCUGAGAUGACUUCCAUCAAUGGAUGACAUAAAAGUGGAAGUUAUGGAACAUUCUGGGCAACUGGAACCCACUCAACCCGUCAACAUCUCUAAUGACAGUUUUGUUUCCCACUCACCCGCUGCAGCCGAGAGCGCAGAGAGCCUCGUCUAUCAGAUCUCUCUGGCUGCGAUCCUCUCUGUCAUUACGCUCGCCACCACUUUAUCCAACGCCUUUGUCAUUGCAACUAUUUCCCAAUCCAAGAAGCUGCAAACUCCAGCGAACUUUCUAAUUGCCUCUCUGGCUGUCACUGACCUCCUGGUGUCCAUAUUGGUGAUGCCCAUCUGCGUCUUGUACACGGUGAUCCACACCUGGACGCUGGGGCAGAUCGUUUGCGACAUUUGGCUUUCAUCGGACAUAACAUGUUGCACCGCAUCCAUACUGCAUCUAUGCGUAAUUGCGCUGGAUAGAUACUGGGCCAUCACUGACGCAGUGGAGUACUCCAAAAAGCGCACGCCGGGGCGCGCAGCCGGCAUGGUGGCCACAGCCUGGGUCAUCGCCAUCUCCAUCUCCCUCCCGCCUCUCUUUUGGAGGCAGGUGAAGGCAGACGAGCUAACAAGCUGCAGUGUCAACACAGAUCACAUCUUUUACACCAUAUACUCCACCUUCGGGGCGUUCUACAUCCCCACCCUUCUCCUCAUCGUCCUGUAUGGGAGGAUAUACGUGGAGGCGCGUAAACGUAUUCUCAAACAGUCUCCAAAGAAGGUUGGGAAGAGACUCACCUCCGCGCACCUGGUCACCAACUCUCCUGGAUCCGUGGCGUCCACGACCUCCCUGCAGUGCGGGAGGCAUGACACCCCGUCCAGUGAUACCGGCUCUGCAACCAGUGAGAACCAGGUCAAAGUUACGGUAUCGGACGCGCUUCUGGAGAAAAAGCGUAUUUCUGCAGCCAGAGAGAGAAAAGCGACCAAGACUCUCGGGAUAAUCCUCGGCGCUUAUAUCAUCUGCUGGCUUCCAUUUUUCAUUUACACCUUGCUGGUGGCCGCAUGCGACUCAUGUUUGAACCCUGAGUUGUUCGACUUUUUCACCUGGUUAGGAUACCUGAACUCUCUGAUUAACCCCAUCAUUUACACCAUGUCUAACGAAGACUUCAAGAAGGCUUUCCAAAAACUCAUCCGCUUCAAAUGCUGCAGGUCCUGAACCGUUUCCUGAAAUAGGCUUAUGUAUGCUUAAUAUAGAACCGGGUCAAUUCACCUCACUGGAGAUUUCUUAAGACUUUCUAAAUUACGCAUGAUGUUUCCAUUUUGUACCUGUGAACGAAGCAUUGCACUUUAAGCGGUUUAUUUGUCAUUGUAGUUCAAAUAUUUAAUGAAUUAUAUAAAAUAAUAAUAAUAAUUUAGGAAAAUCCAACCUACCACAAAUAAUUCAAUAUAAUUGUUAUCAAUGAAAUAUUGGUCUGAAAGAUUUGCAUAAUCCUCCCUUUUCAUUUUUUGUUUUCUGGUCAUAUCCUCCUUUUUUUCUGGUGCCAUAGGAGGUUUCCCACCAGUCAUGCGUCCUAACCCGCCUUUACAGCCAUUAUUUUAUGAACUACUUUUUGUCUACUGUAGGGAAAUAUGAUUUUAUGAAUCUAUCGACAAGAGGCCACUUAGAAAUAUGAUUAGAUGUCAUAUUUUUCAUAUUUCAUAUGAGUCAGAAUGCCCAAACUGGGAUUAGAUCUAAAAUAGAUGGAAACGCAAAACAUCAUACGGGUGAAUUAAAGCAUACAUUAAAUUUAGGAGAUUUUAAAGCUAUUAAAGGGCUUUAAAUAGUUGUAGGCAGAGGUGGAUAGAGUACCCAAAAAUGUUACUCAAAUAUAAGAGUAGAAAUACUUCAUCACACUUUUACUCGGGUAAAAAAAUUACUCAGGUAAGAGUAUAAAAGCAUUUGGUAAAAUGGCUACUCACUUAUUGAGUAAAUGAUCUACUUACUGCCCAUGAUUAAGACAAUGGAUUUAAUAUUUUACAAAAUGAUGCAAAAUGUAACAAAAUAUUAAGUAAUUUGCAAAUUUUUGUGUUUUAAAGAGUGGAUAAAAUUAAAGAUAAAACGUACAAUAAUUACGCAAUACAUAUUUGGUGGAGAGAGCACUCUUCUAAAUGCACUUUUUGAGUAAUAAAACAUACAAAAUCAAUUUGCCUGUGUUAAUUUGCUGUCAUUUGGGUCAUGGCAACCACAAAAAGGCUUCAAAUGAAAGAAGUGGACAAAUAUCCAAAGACUUGACAAAAACUCCUGGAUAAAUGU